UUCUUUCUUUCUUUCAGGAGCCUGUUUUCUAGGAAACCCAAAGAGCCCAAAACACCUACCCAUAAUGCAAUGGGGUGGAGAAUGUUUGGAAAGGUGGUGGCCAGAGACGCCGACUCAGCUACAGACUCCGCCUCCAUGUCACCCACACACAAGGACGAGCAGAUGAAGGACUCUGAUGUGUCCUCAUGUUCUCAGCAGCUCCCUCUAGCUGCAGGCAGGAGGAAGAAGCUGGAGUUUGAACCUCUGUCCACCACAGCUUUGAUCCUGGAGGACCGACCGUCGAACCUUCCUGCCAAAUCUGAGGAGGAAACUCAGAGACACAAACUGGAAUAUGAGGAGAUGGUGGCAGGAGCCAAGAAGAGAGAGUUAAAAGAAGCCCAGAAGAAGAAGCGUCAGAUGAAGGAGAGACACCGUCAGGAGGACAACAUCUCCAACGCCAUGAUCAUCUGGAACAAUGACAUCCUGCCACACUGGGACGCCGUGAAGGGGACAAGGCGCGUGAGGGAACUGUGGUGGCAGGGACUUCCUCCCAGUGUCAGAGGUCGAGUGUGGAGCCUCGCCAUCGGCAAUGAGCUUAACAUCACUCCAGAGCUGUAUGAGAUCUUCUUAUCCAGAGCCAAAGAGAAGUGGAGGAGCUACAGUGAGACAAGUUCAGUCAACGACAGUGAGAGCGAUGGAGGAGCGUCUCUGGCUGACCGAGAGUCCAGUCUGGAUCUCAUCAAACUGGACAUUUCCAGAACCUUCCCCUCACUCUUCAUCUUCCAGAAGGGCGGUCCUUACCACGACCUCCUCCACAGCGUUCUGGGCGCGUACACCUGUUACAGGCCUGACAUCGGUUAUGUAAGGAUAUGGAUUUCAUAAGCUGCUGUUCUCAUCCUUAACCUGGAGGAGGCAGGCGCCUUCAUCACCUUUGCCAACCUUCUCAGCAAGCCCUGUCAGAUGGUCUUCUUCUAAGGAGUGGACCAUGAUUUGAUGCUGAAGUAUUUCGCAGCCUUCGAGGUUUUCUUCGAGGAGAAUCUUCCUCAACUCUUCAGCCACUUCCAGAUGAGCAACCUGACCCCUGACCUCUACCUGAUCGACUGGAUCUUCACUCUCUUCAGUAAGUCCCUCCCCCUGGACGUGGCGUGUCGUGUGUGGGACGUGUUCUGUCGUGACGGCGAGGAGAGUCUGUUCCGUGCAGGUCUGGGAAUCCUGCGUCUGUACGAGGACGUGCUGCUACAGAUGGAUUUCAUCCACAUCGCUCAGUUCCUCACUCGUCUGCCCGACGACCUGCAGCCGCACACGCUCUUCAACGCCAUGGCCAACACGCACAUGCUCAGCAGAAACCGCCGCUGGGCUCAGGUUUUUUCUGCUCUGACAAAGGACGGAAACAAAGAGACGGACAAAAGCAGCAGCAGCCCUGCGCUCAGAAGCUAGCGCUAACAGUUAUCUGACUGACGCUAACAGUUAGCUGACUGACGCUAACAGUUAUCUGACUGACGCUAACAGUUUUCUGACUGACGCUAACAGCUAUCUGACUGGCGCUAACAGUUAUCUGACUGACGCUAACAGUUAGCUGACUGACGCUAACGGUUAGC